CAUAGCAUUAUUUGAAAAUGAGGUGAACGUUUAUUGUGAAGUGAAGACAUCUGAACCGUUAUUAUUAUUAUAUUUCUCCCCAGUAAAAUGUUUGUUAAAAGUUGCAAGUGUUUCGUGUCCGUCACUUGUUGCUAUGUAUAAUCUGUUGACCCUGUCGCCAAAGGGCUGGCGCAGUUAUUGUCAAUCGCCUCUUUGCUCUAUUUUUGACUGGGAAUUUUGGAUUUAAUUUUAAAGGCGCAAACAAUAGUGCUGACGAGUUCCGUAAUUUCUUUCGGCUCAUAAUUGUCACCCUGCCUGGAAGGACAACACACACUUCGCAUCCGGUAGUGAGCUGCAUCAUCGUAAAUGCCUUAUGUAUUAAAGCAGGCCAGCUGACAAAUGAAGGAAAAAUCUAAAAACGCUGCUAGAACACGGCGCGAGAAGGAAAAUGCGGAAUUUAUCGAAUUGGGAAAACUGUUGCCGCUGCCUUCGGCCAUUACCAGCCAGUUGGAUAAAGCGUCGGUUAUUCGAUUGGCUACCAGUUAUCUGAAAAUGCGAACGGUUUUUCCAGAUGGGCUUGGCGAAGCAUGGGGCUCAGAAGCCUCAGGCCGGUACUUAACGAAACGAGAUGUCCACUGUGGAAAAAAUGACCUGGGAUCCCAAAUACUCCAGACCCUCGAUGGUUUCAUUUUUGUUGUGGCACCGGAUGGAAAGAUUAUGUACAUUUCAGAGACUGCCUCGACGCAUUUGGGGUUAUCACAGGUUGAAAUGACCGGAAACAGUAUUUACGAGUACAUUCACAUGAAUGAUCACGAGGAAAUGACAGCAAUCUUGAAUAUGCACCAAAUUAGCUACGCCAACUCGCCGUGUCAAGAUUUCGAGGUGGGGAAAUCUUUUUUCAUCCGCAUGAAAUGUGUACUAGCUAAACGGAAUGCUGGCCUUACAUCUGGAGGAUAUAAGACCAUUCAUUGCAGCGGUUAUCUGAAGAUAAAGCACUUUACAAUGGAUAAUAUGCCACCGUUUGACGGAUGUUACCAGAAUAUGGGAUUGGUUGCAGUUGGUCAUUCAGUGCCGUCAAGUGCCAUCACGGAAAUCAAAAUGCAUUCCAACAUGUUUAUGUUUCGCGCUAGUCUUGACAUGAAGCUCAUUUUUGUGGAAGCGAGGGUUAAUGCGUUAACCGGUUACGAUUCGCCAGAGUUAGUCGACAAAACAAUCUAUCAAUUUGUCCACGUUAACGAUCUCCUACCGCUACAACACGCCCAUUGGCAGCUCGUCCAUAAAGGCCAGGUUACCAGCCGAUAUUAUCGAUUUCUCACAAAAACUGGUGGAUGGAUUUGGAUGCAGAGCUACGCUACUAUCGUGCAUAACAGUCGAUCCUCCCGACCACACUGCAUUGUCAGUCUGAACCACGUACUAAGCAAUGUGAAUAACGAAGGUUUGACCCUAAGCAUCGACCAGAUGCACCUUGCGGGAUGUUCCGCUCCAUCAAACCCAUUGAGCAAUGCCAACCAUGCACGAGUCAACCGACCAUUGAGAACAGGAACAAAGUAUCGACAUUCGCCCUAUCCAUAUCCGCCUAAUGAGCUGGAAGACAUGGCCGGCCUUCCCGUGGGCUAUGACGACGCGCCCGCCAACGUUAACGUUAACGGUGCGCCACCAUCCACACCGAACAGCGGCUACAGCCAACUACUACCGUAUAACAAUGCCACCGUUUCCGCUGCUCCCUGCAGUAUACAGGCGCAUUCACCGCUCCUCGACAACAAUGCAUCGCCGCGCAGCCAUACCAACCCUUAUUUGGCCCUUGACAAUAUUAGCGCUGCCAAAAGUCGCGCUGAAAUGGUCUACAGCCUGGACAAAAAGUUGACGCCUUUAGAACCGUUGCGAUUAUCGGUAUCUAACACAAACACUACAGCCGAUGACCUUUGUAUAAGUCCCUGUUCCGAUCUAACCACUCUGCCGGCUGUCAAGUGUGAUCAGCAGAAUUCGCGUCUUUCCGCUUAUGUAACUGACUCUCUUUGUGGAAUCAGUUACAGUGCGCAUUUGAAUCGUCAUCUCGAUCUGCAUGAGCCAAUGAAAACGCUCUCACGGCAGUCAUACAGUUCCAACUCCAGCUGCAGUGAGAGCAUGUCGUCGGAUGGAUCGUCGGGAUUAGAGAACGACAUCCCGUCGACGAUCGAUGCCCUGUCCAUAAAAGCCUCUAGCAGCCCCGUGGCGGGUUUUUUUCAUCAUACGGAGCAUUACAAUUUCUCCAGCGGUUGCGCACCGGGAAUGGCGCCGUCAGCGCCGGUAUUUCGCUCAUCCGCGGGACACAUUAAUAUCCUACCGGGCUGCGGUGCCGCCGUCGGAUCAUCAUUAGCGCUGCUCAAUGAGUGCGCUCCACUGGACAAUCUUCCUUCCGCAACCAGCUUCGCCUCUCCAAUUAAUCGGCACCAACUGGGCUGCAAUGAAAAGGAAGAGGAGCUGCACAACAGUAACAAGAAAGGGGAGAAUUGCACAGCGGCCAUGCGCACUCUGCCCCAUUAUGAGUUUCGGAAUUUCUUCUGCGAUGCCGCAGCAGCGGGAGAAGGCGCAACGAUGGUCGCCACAACCGGCAGUCAUCACCAGGCGCAUCCCGUUCCCUACACCAGCGUCAUCGUGGAUCCCCAUUAUCUGCAGUCCUAUCAGCUGACAAAUGGUUUUGCUCAUUAAACUUCUAAUGACUGCAAUUGUGUAGUGCAGUUUCUCUUGAAUUUGAUCGUUACGUCGUACGUAAGUGCUGUACACUUAUGAUUCAGGAUCUCUUGUGUAGUUAUUCAUAAGGAUUCACUAAUUUCGAAAUGUGGUGGAUCCGUUCUGUAGGUAUUUGCGGAGGAGUGAAUGUUGUUGUAUUUUGGAAAUUCCUGAUUUGGUAUUCUUUUACGACACACUCAUUAAUUCUCCAGAGUUUAUUUUACACGAAUUUUAAACUGUCUUUGCUGCUUUGAUAAGGAACGUGUUUUUCCGGUGUGCCAAGCAAAGAUGCUAGU